CUCAGAGAUGGAUAAACAAAACCAAGAGCUCAAUCAAUUCAUCGAUUCACAGGUAAUAAACAAAUUUACUUUUUCAAAUAAUCUUAUCUUACAUCAUGUAUUGUUAAUAAUGUUGAAUAAUCGAACAUGAACAGAGUGAGAGACUAAGAUUGAUGUUACAACAACAAAUGAACCAACAGUUUACAUCAAUCUUCGCAAAUGCAUCCCUAUUAAUGAAACAAAAGGACGAUGAAAUUAUUAUGGCAAAUAUCAAGUCUAUGGAGCUUCAACAACUCUUGAAGAAAAUGGAGAUGGAGAAUCAAGAAUUACAGAAAAUGGCCAUGCAUAAUGAACUAAUUGUCGUUUCACUCAGAAAUACACUUUCUCAAAUUGAAGAUCAGGAAAACGCUCAUGAUAUUUGUGAAGACGCAGGAUCUUGCUGUCAAGAUAGUAGAUCGCAAUCGCAAUCGCAAUCGCGUGAUAUUGGGAUUUGCAGAAGAUGUAAUUCCUACAUUUCCUCUGUUAUCUUUCUUCCUUGUAGACAUCUAUGUUCUUGUUAUGCUUGUGAACCUUUCAUGAGUUCUUGUCCUGUUUGUAAUCUUCCAAAGAAAACCAGCAUACCAGUUUUUAUUUGAAAUUAGUUCUAUGUUUUGGAUCUUUUUUUAUUCACAUUAGAGUUU